UCGGCGGAGCAGAGGCACAGGGACCACCAAGCGGAGCGUUGAACAAGCAUUUUCAGGUAGUCUUGCAGAAGUCGCUGCAUGUGUUCUAACUUCACCACUGAGCUGACACAUACCUUCAAUAGAUGAGACUAAUGCUUGCUGUCUAACACGCGUGCUGCACAGUGUGGCACACAGAAUCAUCAGUACUGCCUGCAAGGCAUUCUACAAGGUUCGUUGGAGACGAACACCCCCUUCCUCAUCUCACCGUGCGUCUCUUUCUUGGCGCUGUAAACUGAUCAUCAGUGAAAGUGCUCCCGAGCUGAAGCAGCCGAACUGUGUGUGACAUUCUUCCACUAUUCGGAUUGUGCUCAGGCUGGCUGGCUGCUGCACAGGCACCAUGGAGCAGAAAUCACCUAAGGAUGAGGGCACCGCCAAAGGACAAGAGUCUCUGUCCUACCAGCGGAGGAUGUGGAAGAAUUUCCAGGAGAAAACCAAGCCUUGGCUGAGUCCUAAACUGGGAUCGGAGCGUCGUGGUGCCAGGGGCGCGGAGGGCAGCAAAAAGGAAUCAGGGUUAUGGAUGUUUAAGAGGAAAAAGAAACAGUUGGACCGGGUGUUUUCGUCGUCUCAGCCAAAUCUGUGCUGCUCUCCGCCGGCGCCCUUUGAAGGGGACAAGAAGUCCCAUGGGAGCGACGCGGUCCCCGGCACCAGCAGCGAGGGACGCCCUCAUCCCCUGGGCGCAGCUUCUGGAGCCACGGGGAGCAAACCCGAGUUGACGGCACACGGAAGCCCAAAACUCCUCGUGUCCCAGCUGAUCAUGUACCAGCAGAAGAGCUCCUCUCUCGGCUCGGCGUGCUUCGAGAAACUGGUGGUGGACCCGGUCCGCUCUGGUGGGGAGAGGAGGAGCAGCUGCGUAAAAAACGCAAGUGAUUCUGGCAUCAACCUCGUGGGACCCAGUAAUGCAGAGCCCCCACCUCAACCUCCCAGUCCAGCCAUGUACCAGCUGGAUAUCAUUCUGAAGAAAGGGAACAACCUGGCCAUCCGAGAUCGAACAGGGACCAGCGACCCAUAUGUGAAGUUUAAGAUUGCAGGGAAGGAGGUGUUCAGGAGUAAGACCAUUCAUAAGAACCUCAACCCGGUGUGGGAUGAGAGAGUAAGCCUUCUGGUGGAAAACCUGAAGGACCCACUAUACGUCAAGGUUUUUGACUAUGACUUUGGACUUCAGGAUGAUUUCAUGGGCUCAGCAUACCUCCAUCUGGAGUCACUGGAACAUCAGAGGACACUGGAUAUGACACUGGACCUGAAGGACCCCCAGUAUCCUGAACAUAACCUGGGCAGCCUGGAACUGGCGGUCACUCUGUUACCAAAGGAGGGAGACAUGAAGGAUGCUACUAUGCUUUUGAGAAGGAACUGGAAACGAUCUAGUAAGUAUCAGAGUAUGCGUCUCUCAGAUGUGCACAGAAAAGCCCAGCUGUGGCGAGGUAUAGUCAGCAUCAGUCUGAUAGAAGGUCGCAGCCUCCAGCCCAUGGAUGCCAACGGCCUCAGCGACCCUUAUGUCAAAUUCAAGAUGGGGCACCAGAAGUACAAGAGCAAGACAAUUCCCAAAACACUGAACCCCCAGUGGAGAGAGCAGUUUGACUUCCACCUGUAUGAGGAACAGGGAGGCUACGUGGACAUUACGGUCUGGGACAAAGAUGCUGGCAAGAAGGAUGACUUCAUGGGAAGGUGUACCAUCGACCUGUCGCAUCUCCCUAAAGAACACACACACAAGCUGGACCUGCCACUGGAGGAAGGUGAAGGCAUGCUGGUGCUGUUGGUUACACUCACUGCUUCUGCCGCCGUUUCAAUCUCAGACCUGUCAGUCAACAUGCUGGACGACCCGCACGAGAGACACUACAUCAUGCAGAGAUAUAGUCUGUGGAGGUCAUUCCACAACCUAAAAGAUGUCGGCGUGGUGCAGGUGAAGGUCAUCAGGGCUGAAGGACUGAUGGCAGCAGAUGUCACAGGUAAGAGUGACCCGUUCUGUGUGGUGGAGCUGAGCAACGAUCGGCUGCAGACGCACACCAUCUACAAAAACCUCAACCCAGAAUGGAACAAGGUCUUCACUUUUAACGUGAAGGACAUCCACUCGGUGCUCGAGGUCACUGUUUACGACGAGGACCGAGACAGAAGUGCAGACUUCCUGGGGAAAGUGGCUAUUCCUUUACUACAUAUCCAAAAUGGAGAACGCAAAGCCUACGCCUUGAAAAACAAGGAGCUGACAGGGCCAACAAAAGGGGUCAUCUUUCUCGAAAUAGACGUGAUUUUUAAUGCUGUGAAGGCUGGUCUCAGGACGUUGAUUCCUAUUGAGCAGAAGUAUAUCGAGGAGGAACCCAGAGUGUCCAAACAGCUGCUGUUGCGCAACUUCAACAGAGUUAGACGCUGCAUCAUGUUCCUGAUCAACAUUGGCUGCUAUGUCAACAGCUGCUUCGAAUGGGACUCUCCACAGAGGAGCAUCUGUGCUUUUGUACUUUUUGUCAUCGUUGUUUGGAACUUUGAACUCUAUAUGAUUCCUCUGGCUUUGCUUCUGCCUUUGGCCUGGAACUACAUCCUCAUUGCAUCGGGGAAGGAUACCAGGCAAGAUGUGCAAGCAGUGGAGGACCUGCUUGAGGAUGAGGAUGAGGAUUUUGACAAAGAUGACAAGGACCCUAAACCAGGCCCCUGGGAGGACAGCCGUGAUAAAAACCAUAUCCUCGAGGAUAUGUUGGCUUCCUGGCACUUUGAGUGGAUACGAGCGAUGGUGGACUCGGAGAGAAAGGGCUUCAUGAACAAGCUUUAUGCCAUUCAGGACGUGUGCAUCAGUGUGCAGAAUGCACUGGAUGAAGUGGCCUCCUAUGGCGAGAGGAUAAAGAACACAUUUAACUGGACCGUGCCUUUCUUAAGCUGGUUGGCCAUUGUGGCUUUCGGAGCAGCCACCACCAUCAUCUACUUCAUCCCUCUACGAUACAUUGUGCUCGCCUGGGGGGUGAAUAAAUUCACCAAAAAGCUGCGAGACCCUUACACUAUUGAUAACAACGAGCUUCUAGACUUUCUGUCCAGAGUGCCCUCAGAUGUACAAGUGGUGCAGUACCGAGAGCUGAAACUGGAUCCCAAUCCCAGUCCAAAUAAAAGGAAGAAAAACAACCCCGGGUAGAUGACUGUGUCCGCCCACCAACUCUUCUCUUCUUCACUUUCCUUCUUGUAAUCUAUUACUGGACUCAGAGCAGCAGAGGAAGACGGCUCCGGACUAGCUCAGCUAUCCUUCCCUUUUUUUCUUUUUUCCAAUUUUCUAUUCUAAAAGCUUUUUUUCUGUCUUAAAUUGCUCAUGACGUACAGUACAGUUUUCUGAAGUGUAAUUUUUGUAUAAAAAAAAAAAGAAGAGUACAAGAAAUAUUCUUAUCACCAUAAAGCUUUUGAUUGAUUUUCAAGGCAAGUGAGAAGGAUGGAAGGAACAACCUUUUUCUUAGCCGUGUGCACCACUCACCUUUCUUCCCUCCAUCGCUCUGACAGUUUGGAGGACUUUGUCCAUCUGCGUGCCACAAGUGACAAGUGUCACACAAUGAGUAAAAUGAGUUUCAACAUUUAUACUCACCGUCCCAAAAAAUACAUUUUUACUGCAAUCCAUGUUUAUUAAAAUUACAAGCCUUAUACCAACAUUUUGCAUUGUCACUCUGCAGUCGACUUUUAGGUCUUUUUUUUAGAGCAUAUUGUAGUUAUCCAAUGGUUUUGGUAAUAUGUUCAUAUUUUGUAAUUGUUUUUGUACUGAAGUAUCUUUUGUGUUAUUCCUCUCUUGGAUGUGGUAAUGAUGUCAUGUUCACUGGCAGUCAUUUCUAUUGUUUCCACUUAACUCAGCCAGCCAAGUUGAUUAGCAAUUAUGGUAGUAGCCCCCAGAUAUGUCCUUCUACACAAACACAAACCUGGACCAACAGGCUGACGGCUUGUGCUUGUAUCUGUCUGUGCUUUGAUACAAUGGCCAAAGAAAUAUACUAAUCCUAAACAAAAGAAUCAAUCCACAGUAGACAGUAGUAUUAGUUUAAAGUACAGUGAGCAUGUUCUUCUUAAAUAGAUUGUGAUUACAUAAUCAUAAUUAAAUAAUACCAGGAGGAAAAAAAGUACAACACUAUUGAAUAUAAGACAAUUGGUAUUGUUUUUCAUAAUUUAAUAGUAGCUUUGUUUAACCCUUUAAAAACAUGCGAAAGCUCCCUUUCAAUCAAUCAGUGCGACACCGUUUCUGCCUGUCAGAUGACGCGGCACAUCUCUGCAGCCGUAGUGUUAAUAUAGAUGUCACCCAGUUUAUGCAGAGUGUCGCCAGGCAUGCAGGCCUUUAGGCAGUCACAGCCAUAAUCUUGUUUGAAAGGCUGGUCUCCUUUCCUCUCAUCUCCCGGUGUUUGCCUCGGCGCCCACACAAGAAAGCAUUCACACACACACACACACACACACACACACACACACACACGCACACACACGCACACACACGCACACACAACAAAACUAAAAUUUCCUCCAACGUGAACACGCUGCUUCUUUCAGGGAUCUCGCGUACACAUACUGUACCUACUUGCUCGCAGAUGAAAGCAUAACAUCCCAUUUGAGCAGGCACAUUCUCUCCCUCUCAGGCACACACACACACACACAAACACAAACAUGCUCUCUGUGCUGUUGUGCCCCAGGCUGGCCGCUCUCUCCAUCUGCCCCACCUCCUGUGCCCACAGCACAACUUUGAUCCUUCUUUCCAGAGACAGAGGCUUGUGUAUGUGAACCGUGUAUGUAAGAGUGUUUGCGUAUACACGUUUAUGGAAUCAAAGACGCGUUGCUUUUCUCAGCGUCGGUAUGUGUUACAAUUGUAUCCCCCCUCCAGCUGUAGACUGAUGCGUAGAUUCAGUCGUGUGUGUGUCAGCCUGUAACGGCGUGUGUGUGGUGUGGUGCAGCACAAGUGCCAGCUGGUAUUUGGUGUGGAGUUUGCUGGCGUAGGCGGCCGUCAGCUAGAUGAGCAGCAAGUCGCUGUGUGACAAGACACGGCUCUGAGGGGACCUAGGCCUGAGAUGUCAGGGAUUUGUGUGUUUUAUGCUAUUUCAGACCCCCUUUCCCAUCAUGCUUCUCUCCGUUUGCGCUCUGCGCGGUUCCCUCUUUCGUCAGUGAGCGGGGUUGCGACCCUGUCUGAAGGGACGGUCUCCUGGGCUUCUUGCUGAGCAUCUGUUGAAAGAUCACAGCCCAAGCUAUAUUUGAGGAGGUCUCCUCUCAUCCUACUGAGCCCUGCCUCCAUCUCCUCCCCGACCCCCCCUUCUGCAUCUUUUUGUUCCCUCUCCCCCCUUUGUCUGUCUGGUCGUCUGUCUCUCUGUCUUUAUCGCUCUAACCCCCUCCCCACCACAACGAGAGCUCUCUUCUGCCAUUUCGUCAUCCUUUUUCCCCCCGACUGUCUCCUUGCCAUAACCUGUACCCCCCCCCCCCCGUUGCCUAUCCAUCUCCAUGCUUAAAUAUCAACAGGCUUGGAUCUGUCACUCCAGAGAGACAUUGAUUUUGUUUUGUUGUUUUGAGGAAUCCACUUGAAAGACAAUAACAGACUGUCCCCUAAGAGCGGCGUUGCAGACUGAUUAUAGCCUCCUGAACAAACACACUCGGUGGUUUGUGAAGGAUGGCUUUUUAUAAUGCCUAAAGGGACUGUUUGAAUACCUGAUAUGUACUGUAUGUGUCUACUACUGUAUGUAGUUAUUUUUCAGUAAAUUGUGGUGACUUGUGUGGUAUUGCAUUCAAAUACCAUUUUCUUUUUUGUCAUAUUAUUGGAUUUCGGCUUUGUUUGCAAGCAAACCAAAGUGUUUUUAUUGUGUAUGAUAUAGAGAACAUUAAUUAUAUAAAAGGAAUGUAUCAGACUGUCAGCUGUAAAGGGAAAAAAAAGCACUUUUAUUUGCACCAAGUUGAAAUGAGACUAUUUAUUUUUUAAAUAAUACUGUACAUAGCUACCUAAUUUAUGUUUGUAUUUUAUACAGUAUGCCGGUUGAUGGUCUGGUGAUAAUGUUGUAAAGUAGGUGUAUGCCUGCCUCAUUUUCUGAGAUCUGUUUUUUUCUGCCUGCGACGUUGCCUGCCAGUGUGACAUCAUCUUCAUGUGCCCAGUUCUGGCCGAUGACAUUUCAAGAUGGGAAUAAGAAGCCAAGACAUAAAUUGGGUCAUGAGGGGUAAUAGAAAAUCCGAUGUAUAUUUCUUGUUUGAGAAAUGAAAUGCAUCCGAUGUAUGUUGCUUAUUUUGAAAGAAAAAAGGAGAAAACAAACACAAGAUUAAA